AUGAUCGACAGUUUCCUUUCUGCAACUCCAGAACUCCUGACUUGCAUCUUUCGAAGCUGUGACGGUCUUCCUCAAAUUCUUUCUCUGGCUAAACUUUAUAACGAGCCGUUCUUUAAAGCGAAGGAGGAUGGCCAUGAUGGAUUUCUAGGGCGUUGUGAAGAUGUGUUGAGGGCUGAGGCUGCGGGAUCGUGGACGUUAGGAGACAUGUCUGACGAGGAUGUGUUGUUUCUGCGCCAAUUUGCAGUGAAUAAUUUUGAUAUGGUGGAUCAUUGUCCAACCGGGAAGUGGAGAAAUGACUAUUAUGAGGCUGUAUUUGGUCCCUUUGCUUCUUGGUUAAUAGGAGAUGGUCGAUCUCGGGCGCGUCAGGAGAAUGUAGGGUCCUCUUCGGACGAACAAGACGAGGAUGAAGAACCUGGUGAUGGCAAGAAGAGGGCCAUUCAAUAG